UAUGCUCCCUCCCAUCCUCUUCUAGAAGGAAGACCCUUUAGAACAAAAAAAAUGAAGAGGGGAAAAGAGCUGGUUAGCCUACUGCUGAUUGGAAUUGCCGCAUGGGGAAUCGGCUUUGGCCUUAUUUCCAGCCUCCGGGUUGUUGGCGUGGUCAUUGCGGUUGGCAUCUUCCUCUUCCUCAUCGCCUUGGUGGGAUUGAUUGGUGCUGUGAAGCAUCACCAGGUGUUGUUGUUCUUUUAUAUGAUCAUCCUCUUACUGGUUUUCAUCAUCCAGUUUUCCGUGUCCUGUGCUUGCUUAGCCCUGAACCAGGAGCAGCAGGGCCAGCUUCUGGAGGUUGGAUGGAACAAUACGGCCAGUGCCCACGAUGAUAUUCAAAGAAGUUUGAACUGCUGUGGGUUCCGGAGUUUUAAUCCAAAUGACACCUGCCUUGCCAGCUGCCUUAAAAACCACCACAACUGCUCUCCCUGUGCCCCGAUCAUAGAAGAAUAUGCGGGAGAGGUGUUGCGAUUUGUGGGCGGAAUCGGGCUCUUCUUCAGUUUCACAGAGAUCUUGGGAGUUUGGCUGACCUACCGAUACCGGAACCAAAAAGACCCUCGGGCGAACCCGAGUGCCUUCCUUUGAUGGGUGAUCAAGGAUGAUCUCCAGCACGUUCCCUUCCUUCUUCCUUCCUGUUACAUAUAAGUUAAGCUAGUUGUCCUUUUCAUUAAUUAAGUGAACUUUAUCUUUAAAAAUGACCAGAUAGUAGGAAGAACCAUCUUGUUUUGGUUUGUAGUUAGCCCCCUGAGCCCAUCUUUCCCCAUAGAAUGGCUUCUCCAAUGCCUCUGUUGGAAUACCCUCUUCUGAGUUGAGUUGUGCCCUCUUGCAGCUGUGCUGACAGUGCCCCGAUGCCUUUCUUAGCCUUUGUACAUACAGAGAAAAUUUCCGUGGCAUCCUUGUUGUCGUCCAUAUUGUGGCCAACAUGUCUCUGCCUCUGGGUAGCGCCGAUUGUAGACGUGGGAUGGGAACAGGAGAGAGGUGAGGAUCUGAUUUGUAGCUGAUUCCUUUAGUUUGGGUAAAUGAAAUGAAGGGACUCCCCUACCCCGUCCCCAUUCCCGAUAGCUUUUUCUUUUUCUUAAGAGAAACUUUGUGUGGAGUAAAAUUCAGUUAAUUCAAGUGUUGAUUCCAGUUUUGUUGUCUUAUUUUAGAACCAGAUUGUGAUCUAGAAGUAGAACUGUGGUUGGGAAAGUGGUAGGGAACGAAUCAUCCUGGGACCUCUGUAGGGAAGAAGAGAGAUGGGGUGGCCCUUGGUCACCUUCUCCCCAGCCCCACUUCCACUGAUUGACGUUGAUUCGCUCAGAAUGCAUCCGUCCUGAUCCCCUUCUCACACAGUGAAUCGAGGCUCAAAUCCUUCUAUUUUUACAAAAAGCAAAGCAAUCGCACCAUCUCGUGGGGUGAGAACAUGAGAGCUGGGGACCUUGAUGCUGGCCGGGCCGCCAUCUUGAGAAGUCCUCGAUGAUCGUCCUGGUGAAGCUCUCCAACACAAGCGUAUUGGAAUGUUGUUGUCUUGAUUUCCAAUCUGAAUAGAAUUGUAGCUAUGUUGUUUAAAAAAAAAUUAAAAGAUGAAAAGCCUU